AUGGCGAAGCGGGCGGCGGGGAGAUGGGCUGGGGCCUCUGGGCUGAUGGCGCUUCCUCUAGCGAUAGCGAUGUCAUUGAUCAUCAUCUUGUUACAGUCAAACUCGAGCAGAGAGGUUAGUUUGGCAGCUCGUGUAGCCAAGUCGGAACACAAGAUGGUGCUGCGGGCUCAACAAGCCGCAAAGGCAAGAUAUCAGAAGAUGAUGGCCGCGGCUCUGCAGGCAGAAGCUCGUGCACACAAGGAGGGUGAGGUAGCAACGGCAAAGGCCAUGUCGUAUCAGCAGAGUUUGGAAAAACGGAUGCUUUUUGCAAGAAGAAGGCGGGAUAUGAUGUAA